AUGAAACAAUUCUUACAAAUAUUGCUCUUGUCCUUAGCAAUUUCUUUUGCUUUUGGCUCAGUAUGCUCAACAGAUUUUAGAAUGGUUAACGACUCUGUAACUACUAUUAAUCUCGAGUGUGAAGGAUUACGUGGUGGAUCAGGAUUGUGUCAUGGCUCAUUUAGCUUCAAUUAUGACUUUGAACAUAUAUCUAGCUGUAUAAUUUCUGUUAGCAGAGAAGGAAAUGUCGUUAGAUACUCUGGUUGGAAAUGUGAAGUUGGUGAAUAAGAUCAAACUUGCUAAAUUACCAUUGUAAAGAAGGGUGCAAGUGCAGUUUGA